GCCUCUGUGGCCGAGAAUAGCCCAAGGGAGAUAAGUUCCGUUCCAGAAGUAUUGACAUUUACGUCGUUUAAAAACAAAAAAUGGCUUACGCAGAAAAACAAGAAAUAUAUGGCGAUGGUAAUGACCUGAAACGAACUUAUGGCAGCAGUGAUGACCUGAUACAAACGCCAGCUGCAGAUCGUAACAAGGGCCCCAUUCUUGAAGUGCUGCAGCAGUAUUUCUCAGAAAUAGCACAGAAUGCUUUUGUCUUUGAGGUAGCAUCAGGUCCAGGGCAACAUAUAGUCCAUUUUGCCCAGCAUUUCCCAUCGAUUGUAUUUCUUCCCAGUGACUGUGAUCUCAGCUAUCUAAGAAGCAUCCAGGCCUACAUCCACAAGACAGGUGUGAAAAAUGUACUUCCUCCAGUUAAUAUUGACAUCACACAACCGGUUUCACAGUGGGAAGAACAAAAGAUGCUGAAACCUGCUACCUGUGAUGCCAUCAUCAAUAUAAACAUGAUUCAUAUUUCACCAUGGGAAACAUGUGAGGGACUCCUAACAGCUGCUGGUCAGCUUUUAAAAACUGGAGGAUUUUUGUACAUGUAUGGGCCAUUCAAGAUCAAUGGCAGAAUUUUUCCCGAAAGUAACAGUCAGUUCGAUGCUAUGCUGAGAUCUAGGAAUGCUUCAUGGGGCUUAAGAGAGAUCAAUGAUGUGAAAGCACUGGCAGAACAAAAUGGGCUUCGGAUGGAAACCAUGGUUGACAUGCCAGCAAACAACAAAUCAGUUUUAUUCUUUAAGAAGUGAUAGCACUAGCCAUGUGACUUGGAUGGUUUUGAGACCAAGGAAGUGACAAUGGAAGGAAAAUGUCAUAUCGAAAGACACAUUUUAUGCUAUAUCUAAUCCAAGGAGUAUUUUGGAGUGAGCGUGUGGACGCAUGCUGGACGGGUGCAUGCGAGUGGAAAUUAAUCCUUGCGCGCAGGACCCACACGUGGAAGUCCAUUACAGUGAUUAUGUGUGUGUUUAGGUAUAUGUGCAUGAGUGGUUCCUUGGCCCUAUGCUCCACUGGGGGUGAAGAAUAAUCUAAAUUUUAAGAAUCUGCCGCAGCAUUGAGAGAAGGGCUGAUGCGAUCAAGCAAACAAAUAACAGCUGUGAUUUUUCUUUUUUUUUUUUUUUUAACUUCUAGAUUUAUCAACUUGUACAAAUCAUAGUUCUGCUAAGUCAUCAAAAUCAUAAGCAACAACAUGCCUAUGAUAGGCAAAUAAACAUUUUUAUCUAACAUACCUGCCUCAGGCCAGCAUGUAUCAUGUUAAACUUUUUAUCACUUAAAAGCAUAGCUUACCAGUGCAAGUCACAGAUGUCAUUAUACCAAGCCAUAGCAAUGCCAAGAAGUGGAAUGAUAACAAGCAAAAGAAAUACUGUUUACAACCUAACACAAGUCUUUUUGAGUCUGAAAAGGAAGAAAAAUUAAAAGCUCAUGCAGUAUACAUCA